CCGCGGGGAAAGGAGGAGCCGUGGGGGAAGGAGAAGCAGCAGCAGCAGGAGAAGCAGCAGCAGCAAAAAAAGCAGCAGCAGCAGCAGAAGAUGAGGGGCCCCCGCUGUCUCCUGCUGCUGGCUGCAUCGGCGUGCUGCAGCGGAGGCAGCUGCUGCUGCAGCAGCACCUGCAGAAGCUGCAGAGUGACAUUGCUGCUUCGCAGCUGCUGCUGGGCGAUGCUGGGAGCGCGCUGUGGGACGCAGCAGCAGCAGCAGCAGGAGGCCAAGGAACAGCAGCGGGAGCAGCAGCAGCAGGAGAAGCAGCAGCAGCACACGGCAGCAAAGUUCAGCUCACGCCUGACGGCUUUGUAGAAAUUAGAGAAGAGCUGCCUGAGGGCGCAGCUGAAGAUGACUUUGAGUUUCCGCCGCCCACAAAACUUGCUGCUGCUGCUGCUGCUGCUGAUGCUGCUGUUGCUGCUGCUGCUGAUGCUGCUGCUGCUGGCAGUGAUGCAGCUGCUGGGGCUGCUGCUUCUGCUGCUGAGCAGCAGCAGCAGCAGGGGAGGCUUCCUCCCUCCCCAGAGCCGCAGCCUGCAGCUGCAGCACUGAGCAGCAGCAGGAGCAGCAGCAGCAGCAGCGGCAGCAGCAGCAGCGACAGCUGGAGGUGCGCCGUAAAAGACACAAUAACUGAAAGGCAAAUAGACUUGACCCAAAUUAAUCCUGGGAGGCCCCCGCAGCAAAAUGAAACCCCCGGGGGGGCCCCCAAGAGGCCCCCCUCGAGGUUCAAGCUCAUGCGGCAGCAGCAGCAGCAGCAGCAGCAGCAAGGGCAGGAAGAAGAUGAGUAUUAG